CAGAGGCGAAACAUGUUUAACAUUACAUUAGAAAAUGGAACAGAGCUGGAUGUUAAGAACACAGCGUACGCGCUGGUGUUUGGAUCUGUUACAAUGCUGGGUCUGCCUCUCAAUGCUGUGUCGCUGUGGAUUCUGUUACGCUGCCACAGCCUCAAAUCCCCAAGUGCUGUUUUCAUGGUCAACCUGGCCGUCUCUGACCUGCUGCUCGUCAUCACCCUGUCCAUGAGGGUCUACUUUUAUGCCACGGGCACCUGGCCUCUGGGCCGUAUGGUGUGCACCUGGACCACAAUGCUCUUUCGCAACAACAUUCGCUCCAGCUCCAUCUUCAUCACCUUCAUCAGUGUGGACCGGCUGCUGGCUGUGGUUUAUCCUCUGAGGUCACGCCAUCUUCGGACCUCUUCCAACGCCACAAAAGCUGUCGCAUUCGUCUGGCUGUUUGUGUUCGUGGUGAACAUCCCAGAGGGCCGGGACUUCUACAUGUUUUUAAACCACCACAAUGAAUCCAGCUGUUUUGAAUUUCGUCACAAUCUGCAGCCCAGACCAACAUUGACUUAUCUUCAGCCUGUGUUGGUGCUCACCUUGCUGACAGUCAACAUCGUGUCCACUGCUCUGGUGUCUUGCACUCUACGCAGACGCCUGAAUGACUCUGCAAGGGUCAGCAACAAGGUGAAUGUCAUGCUGAUUUUUGCCAUGAACUUGAUGAUGUUCACCAUCUUUUUCUUGCCUGUGUCAUUGCUGGUUUGCUUUAAGAGCUGGAGACCUGCUCGCACGCAGCUGAUAUGUCUUGCGAGUGUGAACUGCUGCCUGGAUCCUCUGUUGUAUUACUUUUCUUUUGAUGGUUUUUGGAAGAGCAAAGAGGAUGUGGACACCUCUGCUGCAAGAGAAUAGAAGCUAAUAACAGCAAACAGGGACAGGUGGUGUUAAAUACUAUUUAAGGCAUUAUUUGUGUGUCAUGUGUGGGUGUGCGACAUGAAGGUCAUGGUGAAAAACUGAAUUAUGGUAUAUUGUGUAAAUAAAAUUCUCACUUUUACAUAGUAACUGUCACUUUAUUGAUCAUAAUGUCUAAGAGUACUGGAUUUUUUUUUAUUCCACAGACUGAUAUUUGAUAAAACAGAGAUACAGAUUUAUGUCACCUUCAGUGUAGCUGAUUUUCAGUGGUUGUUGUUUUUCCCCUUUUCACUUGUGACACAUAUCUGAUGUUUCGGUAGAAGCUAGGCAUGUGAAAUCACCUUUUUUUUUUGUUCUUUCAGUUCCCAUCUGCGCUGCCAAACUCAGAUCAAAACUGGAGCCCCAGGCAUCUUGGCAACUUGUAUUGAAUACACUUACCAAAACUUUCCCAUGUUGCCAUGAUUAUGAAUAAAACUUUCUGACAUGUCACACAAGUCAG